AUGGUCAGCGGAGGGCAGGGCGCAUGGGGAGGGUCAGGAGCUCAGGCCCCGCCCCCUACACUCUGCGUGUGUCGUCUUCUCUCACAGCCUUGUGAACCUCUCGGACUGGACGGUGGUGCCCUGACCUCGGCUCGCCCUCCCCUGCCGCCCCGGGCCCCAGCCAUGGCCUCUCGCAUCGGGCUGCGCAUGCAGCUGAUGCGGGACCAGCUGCAGCAGGAGGAGCAGCGCGAGCGUCAGCAGCAGAAUGCAGCUCUGCACUACAUGAACCGCACCUGCGCGCCCCCUCCCACCCCCGCCAUCACCACCCCCCAGCACUUCCAGAGCCUGCAGGUGCCCGUGGAGGUGCUCAAGGUGCAGACUCACCUGGAGAACCCCACAGACUACCACAUCCGCCAGUCUGUGAGACAACAGGUCAAAGAGUACCUGUCCACCACCCAUGCCACCAAGCAGACGAUCCAGACGGUGGCCGGGCCGGUGCCUCCCUCUCCCCCAGCCCCGGCUCCUCCUCUGGGCCCCGCUGUGGGACUGACGGCUCACGCUCCGGUCCACUCCGCACACAUGCACCCGGAGCAGCUGAUCCCAGGGAACAGCGCCCCCAACAGUCCCAUGGCCAUGCUCAACAUCGGCUCUGGGCACGAGAAAGAGAUGGAUGACGUCAUCGAUGACAUAUUCAGUCUGCAGGCCAACUACGACGACAUUCACUCCUACCUCGACCCCAUCAUGCCCAACACCAUACGCCAAUGGUGCGCCAGAAGAAGCAAAGGUUGUGACAAUAAGAAAUCUGAAUGA